UGUAUUAUAAAUAUUUUAUGUAAAUUAAAAAAUAACCUUUCCUUUAAUUAAGUAUAGGAUGAUAUGGCAGGAGGAAGCACUGAUCCGGAUAUAUCCAAGUUGGUUCUCCUAGCUAGCGGCUCAUUCGACCCUAUUACCAACUAUCACAUCAGAGUAUUUGAGCUGGUGAAGCACUACUUCUCGUUAAAAGGAUGUGUGGAUGGCAGGGCUAUAAUCUCACUUACUCCUAAAACUACUAACACAAACCAGGAUUCCUCUGAGACCCAGGAUCGGAUAAAGAUGUGCGAACUCGCAACCUCCAACAUUCCUAACCUAGUUAUCGACGAAUGGGAGUACAAUCAGCGAUGUUACACGGUUCUUCCUAAAGUUAUUAAUAAACUGGCGGACAAGUAUUGCUCCACAG